AUUAAUAUAGAAAUGCUUGUCAUAAUUCUUAUGAACAGAAAACACUAAUUGAUAUCUGGAGAGAGAGAGACAGAGAGAGAGAGAGAGAGAGAGUUAGUUAAUUUUUAACUUCUGUUCCAGAUUAUUUAGUUUAAUUAUUUUAACAGAUUUUAAUUUCUCAUCUGGUUAGAGUGUGUGUGAUAGUCCCGUGAACCUGCAUCUGACUGGGGACUGUUAUCAAACAGAAAGUACAAAUGUUGAAAAGGGCUUUAUUUCCUAAUUAUGGAGUACGUUUGAUAAAAAAAAAAAAAUUUAAGCAAAUCAGACAGUUUGUGUUGAGGAAUUUUGCACAUUGGUUAACCUUUGUAGAUCUGGAUAACAGCUACAGGUAGUUUCGGUCCGUUUGUAAGUGAGGGGAUUUAAAUGUGUGCUGUUAAUAAUAAGUAAGAAACUUUCUUUUAAACAUAAAAGUAGGCUAAUUAUAUGCACUGGAGCUGUGUUAUUUAGUAAGAUAUGAACGGGGCCUUAUUUUAGUCACUUGGUGCGCAGUUUAAAUCUCUGAUUUUUCUUGUUUUGUUUUUUAAUAACGCUGAGGUGCACGGACAUUGUACGGCGGGCUUUGUACUUUCAGGAUCGGUGCCAAAUUUUUAUUCUGUUUUCUUUUGACACAGAAUGUUGCACUGAGUGAAUGGGAGCAUUUUAAAUGGAGACUUUGAUUAGAUAUAUAGAGGGGUGUGUAAUAGUGUGCUGAGUUAGGGAAGUCAGAUUUCUUGUUCAGGGAUUUUAGAUAUGUACAGCUAUAGAGAUAUAUAUAAAGUGUUAUUUGGACAAUACAAAGUGAAUGAUGGAAACAGACAGAAGCAGACUGUAAUUACUGUGUCCAUUAGAAUUCAUCAGGAGUUGGAUGUGAGUUUAGUACAGUGAGGGAUGUCCGAAGUCUGAAUGGUCAGUGAUAUUUAUUGUGGUUUAGAUGUGGAAUAUCAACCUGUACGUGGCUUAUUGAUAUUGUGAUAUGGAGUAUUCAAAAGUGGUCAAGUUCAUUCAAUCCAUGCACAUCAGCCCGCAGCUAUGUUACAAGGCAAUGAUUUCAUUAGUUCAUAGACAAACAGGUUCAGAUUUGACAUGCAUUUCAAACUUUCAGUCCAAUGUGCUUAAUGACAUGUGAAAAACAAUUAAUAUAUUAUAUACAGAAGUUUGUGGAGAUGUCAAAGAGUAAAUCGAGUGUGUGUGUGUGUGUGUGUGUGUUACAGAGAAUGAUAUAGGGGUAAUGAAUUAGAUGGGAUAUACAGAAUACUGUGAUUGCAUAUAUGAUUAAAGACUGAACAAGCAUCUGUUAAAGAGUUUCUGAAAUAAGCACCUGUUAAAGAGUGUCAUAAAGACGCACCUGUUAAAGAGUGACGGAAACAAGCACCUGUUAAAGAGUGUCUGAAACAAGCACCUAGCUAUUAAAGAGUGACUGAAACAGGCACCUGUUAAAGAGUGUCAUAAAGACGCACCUGUUAAAGAGUGACUGAAACAGGCACCUGUUAAAGAGUGUCAUAAAGACGCACCUGUUAAAGAGUGUCUGAAACAAGCACCUGUUAAAGAGUGUCUGAAACAACUGGCCCCUGUCAUGGCUGAGGAAUCUUCUGAUUCAGAAGACUUUGAAGUACAGAAAGAAAUGGCGCCCUCUGGUGACGGGAGCAGAGCUGCAGUGAGUCGAUUUUCCAGAGAUACUUGGAGGCAGUCCCUAGGAAACCGCCCAGACAUGUACAAAUGGCUGGAGGCCCAAGAAAGGCAACAGGAACGACUUCAGAGUCCAAUACCCCAGAUGGAGAGACGGGAACCAGUUGGGGGAGUCAGUACAGAAUUGGGGACCGACUCAAAAGUUGAGAAUGUGAACACUACCAGUGGCCUUCUAAUCCAUCUUCCUAAUGACGGCGGACCACUUGGGAUUCACGUUGUGCCAGAUUAUGAUGACGCCGGAAAAGAGCUGGGACUGUUGGUCCAAGGUGUAGAGGAGGGAGGAAGAGUAUUCAAAGAUGGUCGACUCCGUGAAAACGACCGAAUCAUUGAGAUCAACACGCAAACACUAGUAGGAGUCAGCUUUUCCAAAGCUCAGGAUAUUUUCCGCUGUGCCAUGAGGGACAAUGACAUCAGACUACGAAUCAUGAAAAAGCAGACUCCCCCACCCCUCCCCAAACAACCCCCACCUCCUGUCAUGCCAAAACCCAAGAACCACACCCCAAUGAAGCCUUCCCCCCUCACUCUGCCUCCACCCAGACUCAACGAAUCUGAUCUGUCGAGUCCCACUGGUCCAGAGCAGACCAGUACCCCUAUAGUAUCUGUACAAAACAGCAGUAGCAGUAGUAUUGAGGGAGUCAUCCCAUCCCCUGUCAAGCCAGCUAUUCCAGCUAAACCUUCCUCCCCUACAAAGAAGGUGCCACCAGCCGUCCCCACACGAAAUCCAAACACUGCGCUGUCUGGCAACACUUCCACCACGCUGUCUGGCAACACUUCCACCACGCUGUCUGGCAACGCUUCUACAGCUCUGUCUGGCAAUGGUUCCAAGGAACGCAACAAACUGGUGGCCCCAACCAACACCAAGAAAAUCGGCAAAAAACUGGAUAUCGUGUUGGUGAAAGGACCUGUCAGCCUCGGUUUCAGUGUGACAACUCGAGAUAAUCCAGCAGGCGGGGAUUCCCCUAUCUAUAUAAAGAACAUAUUACCUCGAGGGGCAGCCAUCACCGAUGGAAGGUUAAAGGCAGGGGACCGGCUAUUAGAGGUCAAUGGGGAAGAUCUGACAGGGAAAACGCAGGCGGACGUGGUGGCUAUGCUGAGGAACGUUACAAUGGGCAGUUCCGUACGUCUCGUCAUCUCUCGGCAGGAAGUGGUCGAUGAAAAAUUUCAAGUGCCUCGGGAAUUGCGAGAUGAAUCCAUCUCUGAACCACGUCCUGUCUUACAGCCACAGGAGAGGUCCGGGGACACGGACGGCUCCCUGACCGCCGGCCGAAACAAGGAGAUCCUGCGUUUGGACAUACCUCUGUCGGACACGGGGUCGGCGGGACUCGGCGUCAGCGUCAAAGGGAAGACCAUGUCCACCGAUCGAGGGACCAGGGACCUGGGGAUUUUUGUCAAGUCGGUUAUUCAUGGAGGGGCUGCAUCUAAGGAUGGCCGACUCGCAGUGAAUGAUCAGCUGAUUGAGGUCAACAACGAGAAGUUGAUGGGCCUGUCUAACACCGAUGCUAUGGAGAUGCUACGUAAAGCUAUGCAGCUGGACGGGCCAAUCCCCGGUCACAUUCAUCUGGUCAUCGCACGUAAAAUCGGGGCGCCCUCUCCAUCGCCCUUUACACAAGAAGCCUCCGCGGAUGCAUUCGUUUUUGGUGCUGAUAAUAAAAUGGUCCGAGAGACGGAUCACGUGAAAAACUUGCAAAAACUUGAGCCCCCUUGGGAGCCUCAUCGAGGCCUGGAUUAUAUGGACGGGGGAAGUAAGGCGCGGAAUUUUUUGAUUGACCGUCUUACAAAUGGCGGACUGCGGAAUGAGUCGUAUACAAAAGCUACAAGAGAGGAAUUCGACGAUAGUGCGAUGUCACAUGACCAGGAGGAGGGAUUAAGGAAUCAGUCGUAUAGUCUGGCUCUACAUGGCACUGGCAACAUUCUGUCUCCAGGAAUUUCACCCUUUAAACCCUCGCUGAAAAGCACACCAUUAGUGGGUCCCCAUGUCAUGAUAGAAAAUGAGGAGGAGGAGAUGGAGAGCAGACGGCGAGUUCGACCUCAUUCCACGAUCGGUUUUCUGCACCAACAUUCCAACAGCUCAAGUUCCGAGGAUCUCAAUCAACAACCUGUGUGGCUGCAGGGCGGGGAUUGGGGACCACCCGGAAGUCCAGGAGGGGAGGAGUUGUCACCCACAAGUCCUUUGGGGGAAUUCAAGCGUGAAGGUUUUGGGCGACAAAGCAUGUCUGAGAAACGGAAGGGACAUAUUGAUCCGAGUCGAAGCGAGAUUUACCAGCGUGUGAAAUCCAAUCGGCAAAGAGGAAGUGGAGACAGUCGACGUGCGGCGUCAUUUCACGUAAUGGGUGGAGCCACAGGCACAGGAAGUCUGAAGCGUGUUGGGUCUGCAGAAUCUCUACUGAGUCGAAACUCGAGAAGUCGACCUCGUUCAUCCCGAUUGCCUCCCCUACCAGUGCAUGGCCAACGUAUUAUGGACCGACCUUCUGAGCCCCCGCAGUCGAACUUGAAACGGUUCAGCUCUCUGGAGAACCUGGCCCAGGUGACCACAGGGGACACGGACGAUAGCCGGGACAGUCUGGAUGCUUCCCAUGAGAGUCAGGAAGAUGUCCACCGACCGGUCAAGCUUGGCCGAGGCCGGGGAUGUAACCUCAGCUUCAGGGCAGCCGUUGAUAGAUCCUAUGACCCUGUGCCUCAGGAACUCAGCACUAUGGACCCCCAAGUCUCAAGUCAAAAUGAAGAUGACAGCCUGGACGCUAGCGGGGGUUUCACUGUAGGACAGCAGGUGGAGGAGGAGAGCAGUGAAGGUGGGUCCGUGACACAGGGGGCAGUCACGACGUCUGGACAUUCCUCCAUGAGCAGCGAGCCGGAAGACUCCCGAAAAGCCAAGAAAAAACCAGCCAAGGAAAAAAAGGGCCCAGGGGGCAUAUUUAAAGGCCUGCUGCGGAGGAGCAACAAAAACAAAAAAGAGGGGACAAAGGCCCAGGAGGAAAUUGUCAAACAGACUGAGUCUGAGGAACCGUCCAAGUUACCUGAGGCCCAGCAGGACAGUUUUAUGGACUUAUUUGAGGAAACUGAGGAUGAGAGAAUUCAGGAUCAGGUCCGUCAGUUACAAGAACAACAGAGUGAUGCGGCGUUCAUCAGACUGGAACAUAAAUACUCGGACAAUAGUUCACACUUCUCACGGAACUCGCCUCAACUCUCACGGAACUCGCCUCAACUCUCACGAAACUCGCCUCAACUCUCACGGAACUCACCUCAUCUACAAGACAACACCAUGAUCAACUCAUCGCAAGUCACCGACACCCCGUCAUGGAUCACCGACAACCAGUCACACUUCACUGAUGCCAACCACCGGUUGAUUAAGUCUGUGGAGGCUCCCGAUUCCAUGUCGAGAGCAGAGUGGAUCCAGCAUCUGCGACGUAAACAUCAGCGUCGUCACCAGGAACGAGAGGGUCAGUACCCACUGGACGACACGGAAGAACGAUACGAGGAGGAGAUUCAGCAGGAAGAGACAAGGGUAGGGAUUCCUUGGCACGACGCCAACCAGAGAUAUGGGAAAAGUGCAAUACCAGAAAACAUACUGUAUCCACAGCAUCCGUCUGUUGUUCCUGACAACAGUUACCAUAGAUACCAGGGUAACAGGCCACAGAAUGUAGGACAUCCUUACCCUGACAGACCUCUUAGCAGACCGGCCUAUCAGGAGCCUUCAUCUUAUCACCAUAACUACGAAUACCAUGACAACGUCAUCCAUCAACGUCAGCGCAGUAAUGAAUACAUUCCACAACGUCAGCAAGCCAUCGAGCACUUCCAUCAGCGACAAAACAGUGACUUGUCCGAACAACACACACAAGAGUUCUACUCACAGAGACUCACCCCAACACGGCCGUAUACACCCCGAGAACACUGGCAGAACACGAAAGGGCCGUAUACACCCCGAGAACACUGGCAGAACACGGAAAGUGCCCCAGCCCUAAUGAGACAAUAUCCCCAUCCCCAGCCUCCCCCAGGCCCUGCCCCUCAAUAUGGGGACCCUAUUUUUGCCUAUAGAGACCCAAUUUAUACGUCAAUGGCAGGCAAACGCUCGGUGCAGUCGCUUUCACAGACAGGCUCAGCCAAAGUUUGACACAGAUGAAUAUGUCCCUUUUUCGAUCAUUCCUUCAUUUCGGUAUUUGACAUUGAUCAAUGAUGAUCUCAUUGCUCUACACAAUGCCAAAGUUUUGUAUGGUGGAGUUUUGUGAUGUCGGACACAGUAUCAGGAAAUUCAGAAUUUUCUCUCGACCACCAGAAAUCCUUCGAACAUCGUAGAGCUCAAGAGAGAGAUGCGUGCAUGGUUCUGUCAUGGAAAUUAUCAAAGUAACUCUCCUUCUGUGUGUCGCAUUCAAGAGUAUGAGACCGACCGCAAAAAAGUCCACUGUUGAAUGAAGUGAACCUUCAAAUGUAGGUGACGUUUCCUGAACUGAGACAAUCGGUGGUGUACAUCUUGGGCUGUGUGUGUUUGGUUUUGUUUGUGUCUUAUGUGCACGAAGUGGUGGGCCAAUCUUAUUCAGAAAUAGAUAUAUAGGACCAGAAUACUUUAUGUAGAUGUCAUCUAAUCAUUGUAAAGGUCAUACAAAUGUGAUUCAAUCAUCGUAGAGCUAUAUGGAUAUCAUCCAAUCACUGUAAAUAAAGGUAAUAAAAUAGUAUCCAAUCAUUGUCAAGGUAUACAGAUAUCAUCCAAUCAUUGUGAAGGUAUACAGAUAUCAUCCAAUCAUUGUAAAGGUAACAAAAAAAAUUAUGCAAUCAUUAUAAAGGUAUAUAGAUGUCAUCCAAUCAUAGUAAACUUCAUGAUAUAUGUAUGUAAAGUUAUGGAGGUGUCAUCCGAUCAUUUUUAGUUAAGAUACAGCUGUCCACCAAUCGUUUAGGAUAUUGGACUCAUUUCAUCCAAUUACUACAAAGUUAGAGUACAGAUGUGAUCCAAUCGUUUUGAAUAUUAUGCAGAUGUCAUUCAAUCAUUGUGGAGAUAUAAAUAGCAUCCGAUAUCAUGGUAAAGUUAUGCAGAUUUGUGAUAGAGAUAGCAUUAUAAUCAAUUGUGCAGUAGACCAGGUGCACAUGGCUCGUUAUGCAGAUUGUGUGUGAAUAGCUGUCUGAGGUUUUUCUUUCCUUCAUAUCUUUUCUACCUAUUAAUUGAUGAGAAGACACUGGUAUUUAAAUAAUAUUGUGUACAUUUAACAUUCCUUAUUAGAGGAGAGCCGUGUAUUCACAAAAGGGUAGAUAAAUUGUAUUUUAUCUAAUAGUAUAUUUUUAUAUUGUUCAUAGAACCUUUUUUAUAUAAAAAUGCAGACACAUAUUGACUUCUGUACAGAAAUAUGUACACUACUGUACAGACACAAGUACACUACUGUACAGACACAUAUACACUACUGUAGAGACACAUAUACACUACUGUACAGACACAUAUACACUACUGUACAGACACAUGUACACUACUGUACAGAGACAUACACACUACUGUACAGACACAUAUACACUACUGUACAGACACAUGUACACUACUGUACAGACAUAUGUACACUACUGUACAGACACAUGUACACUACUGUACAGACACAUGUACACUACUGUACAGACACAUGUACAAUACAGACACAUGUACACUACUGUACAGACACAUAUACACUACUGUACAGACACAUGUACACUACUGUACAGACACAUAUACACUACUGUACAGACACAUGUACAAAUACAUACAUUGACAUGUACACAAUUGCACACUACUGUACAGAUUUAAAAAAAAAGACAUUACAAAGUAUCAGUUUUAUUUUCAUGUUUAUUUUUACCAAGUGAAGAAAGGAGAUGUUAAAUAGAUACACCCAUAAGCAACCCAAAAAACAUGUGAAGUUGUGAUCCUCCAGAUGUGUGUUAUGAGGACUACCCUUUACUACCCUUUAGCUUGUAUUCAAUCUAUAACAGUGUGUGCAGGAAUCAUGCAGAAGGGGAAUUAUACAUAUUCUUAACACCCCUCCCUCCCCUGUCUUUUUGUCAUUUUGUCUGUGUAUCUGUCUCACAACUCUAACUUUGGUUGUUACUGUUCAAUAACAAAAGGUGGAGAUUUUGUACUUGGUAAAUAGGUGUUCAAGGUCAAAGUUAUUUCAAUAAUAAAGUCAAGGUCAAAUUAGCCAUAAUAAAACUUAAUCAGAAUCCUAUUUUUGUUAUGAAUUUUGCUGUUAGAAAUGUUGAUAAGCUAGCCUCACCAAUCCUCAUAUUGUAGAGAUGUUGAUAAACUAGCCUCACCAAUUCUCAUAUUGUAGAGAUGUUGAUAAGCUAGCUUCACCAAUUAUCAUAUUGAAUUUGUUUGUGCAUUCUACACUCAAUGCGUAAAUGGUGAGAUAUAAAUUAUCUAGGGUAGAUAUCUCUACAUUGUGAAUGAUAUCUAAGGUAGAUAACUCUAUGUUAUGAAUGGUAUCUAAGGUAGAUAACUCUAUGUUAUGAAUGGUAUCUAAGGUAGAUAACUGUGGAUUUUGAAUGGUAUCUAAGGUAGAUAACUCUAUGUUAUGAAUGGUAUCUAAGGUAGAUAACUCUAUGUUAUGAAUGGUAUCUAAGGUAGAUAACUGUGGAUUUUGAAUGGUAUCUAAGGUAGAUAACUCUAUGUUAUGAAUGGUAUCUAAAGUAGAUAACUCUGGAUUGUGAAUGGUAUCUAAGGUAGAUAACUCUAUGUUAUGAAUGGUAUCUAAGGUAGAUAACUCUAUGUUAUGAAUGGUAUCGAAGGUAGAUAACUCUGGAUUGUGAAUGAUAUCUAAGGUAGAUAACUCAAUGUUAUGAAUAGUAUCUAAGGUAGAUAACUCUGCAUUGUGAACCAUAUUCAUUAUUGUUUAUGAAAAGGAUAUAGGACUUUGCUCUGUUAUUUAAAAAAUGACUCAUUAUCAGAGAUGAAAACAAUGAUUUUGGUUUUUGUAAGGGGGGAGGGGGUGGAUCACAGAUUUUUGUCCUCUACAUGAUUCUUGCCUGACUGACACGUGACACCAAUUCAGGGACGCAUUCUCUAGAGUGGUGAUGUUACAUCAUCUCAUGGUUGUGCUCGGAAAAUGUUUAUUCCCCGACAUUUUUAGUGUAGAUAUGUGUGGAAACAUUGAAUCCUUUUUUUACAGUGUAUGUCAACAAAUGUUCACCGAGCUCUAUUUCAGUUUCUAUGGAAACAUUUAAUCAUCUUUUUACAGUAAUAUGUCAGAAAAUGUUCACAGAGUGGUAUUUCAGUUGCUAUGGUAAACAAAUUAUGUUUGUCUCCCAUUACUGAGAAGAAUAUAUAGCCAUGGAAUUUAUGUUUAUAAACUCUUAACCUUGAUGAAAUCAGAAAAUGAAAUAAAGAAGAAAAUAAU